AGAGAGAGAGAGAGAGAGAGAGAGAGUUAUCAGGGGAUCCAUGGAGCGUGUCACAGUACAAGUGUUUUCUAUGUCUUCUUGUCCACGAUGCACUUUAGGAUUGCAAUAAGAUGCGUGUGUGUUUCCAGAUAAUCAGUUUCUUCCUCUCAGUAAACUUUUACUGCCAGCCGCUCCGAGCUCAGGAUCCCUCCUGUUGCCAUCAUGCUGCUGAGCUCUCGCCUUGCAAAGAAGCUUGUGACCAGCUCGCCACGAUAAAGAGUGAGUCACGUCUAAAGCAUCUCCUCCAGAGGUUGCCAGGUUACUGUCCAGAGUCCAUGAAUGAACUUUGGAUGUGCAUCAACUCUACACUUCCAGGUGUAUCCAGAAAGUCAGACGGCUGGGUGGGGCUGGGCUGCUGUGAGCUCGCUAUCUCUGCUGAGUGUCGCAGGGAAUGUAGACAGGCAUCAUCUAAAAAUGACAUAACAAAAGUAUGCAAAAAAGUUACAGAGACCUCUCUCUACAGCUGCAUCACCAAAAAUGAAAUGGGCUCCACAUGCUGCAGCUAUGCAGGGCGUCACACCACCUGCAGGGAAUACUGCCAGGCCAUCUUCAGGACUGACUCGACCCCCACCGUGUCCCAGAUCAAUGCUGUCAAAGAGUACUGCCAGAGUCACAGUGCUCAGCUGCUCAGCUGUGUCAGCAACUUCACCAAGUCCUACCCCAUACGGAGUCCUAUAGACAGUCUGUACUGCUGCGACCGGGCAGAGGCGACCCACUGCCAGGAGUCUUGCCGGCGGAUCCUUCGCACCAUGAGCACAGAGCACGAGAUCAUGGAGGGUCUGAUUGACGAGUGCGGCUCCCAGCCUCUCCCUCAGGAACCAAUGUGGCAGUGCUUCCUGGGCAGCGCUCACCCUCCUCCCCCACCUGAAGAGGAGACCCCCCAUCCUGCGAAGAUGGACUGUGCAAAGCUGCACUGCUGCUCUAAGGCUAACACCUCUCUCUGCAGGGACAUGUGUCAAGAGAUCAGCACUAACUGGGGCGGUCAGACGUGGCAGGAUUUCGACCAGCUCUGCGAGUACAACCCAGUGGAGACAGAGCUCAUCAACUGCCUGGCUGAUGUUAGAGAACCGUGUCAGCUGGGCUGCAAGGACCUCGGCUACUGCACCAACUUCAACAACAGGCCGACAGAGCUGUUCCGCAGCUGCAAUGUCCAGUCCGACCAGGGCGCCAUGAACGACAUCAAGCUGUGGUCUAAUGGGACGAUUAAGAUGCCGUUCAUGAACAUCCCGGUGCUGGACAUCAGGAAGUGUCUGCCUGACAUGUGGAAGGCCGUGGCUUGUUCCUUGCAGAUUAAACCCUGCCACAGCAAGUCCAGAGGGAGCGUCAUAUGCAAGUCAGAUUGUGUGGACAUCUUGACCCAGUGUGGGGACAGGAAACGUUUCCAUGAAGGCCAAACUCCAGAGAGGAUCUGCGAGCUGCUGUCACCCAUUGAUGACCCUGAACGCUGCAUUCCUCUCCACAGAUACCUCACUGCCAGUCCCCAUGGCAACAACAUCAUCGAGGAGGUCAUCCAUCCAUGCAAUCCCAACCCCUGCCCCAGCAACCACUUAUGUCAGGUCAACAGGAAGGGGUGCCUCGAUGAUCUCAACUGUCAGCCAUACCUCUGUGUGCCAGGCUGUAAACUGGGCGAGGCCUCAGAGUUCCUGGUACGGCAAGAUUCUCGCAUCCAGGUACCAACUCGCAUGGGCCCUUCUGGAUGCUUUGAGGUGUGCAGCUGUGGUCCGAGUGGGCGCCUGGAGAACUGCGUGGAGAUGCCCUGUCUGGACACCAACAAGCCCUGCGUUGUAGGAGGACAGAGGAGGAGCCACGGGACAUCUUUCAUGGUAGAAUGUAACACCUGCUCCUGCUUUGCUGGUGACUCCAUCUGCUCCAGACGAGAAUGUCUCAGCUACGACAGCUUGGAUAACGACCACCAACACUUUACCGGUCUUCCUUGUAGUUGCCCAGACAGCUUCGUCCCUGUGUGUGCCUCCAAUGGGCGGACUUACCCCAGUUCCUGUGUGGCUCGCUGCAUGGGAAUCAAGGACCAGCAGUUUCAUUUCGGCGUGUGCCGCCUCAGCAACCCCUGCUUCAACAAACCCUGCCAGAGGAACCAGAGGUGCAUUCCAAAGUACCGUGUGUGUCUCAGUGACUCAUCAGACUGCCCGCAGUAUGAGUGUGUAGGUCGUCCAGGAUCCUGUGAUAAGAACAGCGUUGAACCGGCCUGUGAUACCGACGGCCUGGUCCACCCCAAUCUGUGCCAGCUACAGCAGGCAGGGAAAACCCUGGCCUACAUGGGCCACUGCCAGGAUUCCUGUAGGAAGCCUCAGCAGGUUUGCGGCCACAAUGGUGAAACCUACAACACAGUGUGCGAUGCCUUCUCUGACCGCGUGGCCAUGGAUUACGAGGGCCCCUGCCAGGCUGUGGGAGCCGUGUCAGACAUGGCCCCUGACUCUGCAUGCAACGGGAUUCCCUGCCCACCUCUGUCAACUCCUGGCUGCCAACCCGUCACUCCACCUGGAGCCUGUUGUCCAAUAUGUGCCAGUAUGCUGCAGAUCAUCUGGAACAAAGAGCAGAUGAACACUUUCUCCAAGCUGAACAGGAACCAGCCAGUGACAGUGCACGACGUCCUGCAGAUCCUUCGGCUUCACGUCUCGGUGCCGCAGUGCGACGUCUUUGGAUAUUUGAGCAUCGACCAUGAGCUGGUUGUCCUCAUCGCUCCGGUGGACCAGCAGCCAACACCACUACAGAUCGAAGCCUGCAGCAAGGAGGCGGAGAAGAUCGAUUCCCUCAUCAACUAUGCCAGCCCCACUCUGGUCUCUCACGUCCCCCUCUCAGCCUUCCUCACCUCCGAGAUCAGAACCUCCUCCAUCCGCUCUUCAGCAAGUGCUCAGCCUUCACGUCUCUCCCUUGGCCUGUGCUUCCUCCUUGGCCUCCUCUCCGCCGCAGCAGCUCCUGCUCUCCACUAGCCCUGAGAACUCUUUACCUCUCCCAAAAGCAAGCCCAUCCCUCAUGAACUCUUGAAUGUUUCCAAAGAUCGCCCUAUCCGUUUUCUUGGGGGUGCCUGAAGGUAAGUAUGCGGUGGAGCAGGUAGAAGCGGCGGCAUUUAUCGACAAUCAUUCCUAUCGACUCACCUGCGUGUCAAACAAUCAAGAAGGUGGAAAAGCUAUUAAUGUGGAAAGCUUUUUUGUAUGAGCAGUAUUAUUCCGUGGACGAGUUACGCACUGGUGUUUCCUUCCAGUGAAGUGUGUGUGUGUAAGUGUGUGAGUGUGACCUUUAAGAAGCAUUUGACUUCAUACCAGCAGUGUUUAUCCAUUAGUUCCAGCAGCAGCAAGCUCUCUUCUAAAAGCUGUUGAGUGGGAAUGUAAAUUUCAUGACUCACUCUGUCUUAUUUAGAGGCUUUGUGUGUGUGUGUAUGUGUGUGUGUGUGUGUGUGUGUGUGUGUGUGUGUGUGUGUGUGUGUGUGUGUGUGUGUGUGUGUGUGUGUGUGUGUGUUUGUGUGUGUGCGUGUUUAUUUGUGUGUUUGUGCAUUUGUGUGUGUCCGACUGAGUUACAGAGACAGACGAGGACAAAACAUCCCAGUCUGGCGGCAGAUCUGUCUAACAAGUGUCCCAAAACUUCCUCAGCCACACACAAUUUCACACUCACACACGUGCAAAGAUUGGUGUCACAACAUCCAGAUUCCUCUGUUGAGUGUAAAUCAUGCUUUAGACGGAGUCUGAUUAGUGACACUAUCUACACCUCCAGUCAAAUAAAAUAGGAUGCACAGUCUGUUGCAUCGUGUACAUACAUGUGAGGUGUUUAUGGACCUAGCGUUGAACCUCUAACCUCAGCAGUAUUAGCGCCAUGCUCGUAUACUGAGCCAGCUCAGAUGAAACUAAUCCAGCCUCCAAAGUCGGUUGUAACCACAGUACUGACCAAACAAAGUGCCAAGAAGUCAAUCAGAAAGUAUUCACAUAAAGGGAGCGGAGGUCUGCUGUGUUCUCACAGCACUAAGAGUGAAGCCUCACAGAGAGAACGGAGAUCUAGGAUUCAGAAUCAGUCACUUUCACCUGAAGCUGUUCUACCUAACAUAUAUUUCAUCAGAUCUUGAUGAAUAAUUGACCAUGUGAAUCAACUUUCAGAUGGUUUAAAGAGAUAAAUACUUCAUAGAGCGGCUGCAUUAUUCAGUCAAGCUGAGUAACACUGUGUUCAGCUCAUUCCAGAACAACAUUAAGUAUUCAAUCAAUCAUCUACUUCUCUAGUUAUCUGCUUAUUCGUUAAUUUAUAAACUAGCAGGGUUGUCCUCCAUGAACUGGAAGAUAACUGUGGUUUGAUAGCAAUAUUUCCCAGAUGUUCUCAGGAUAAGAAGAUGCAGAAUAAGAUAUUAUUGUUCGACUUCUUCAGGCUUCUAAAACCUUCAAUCAAAGGCAUGUGUGACCUGCGACUCUUCGGUUUAAAAAGUCACCAGCCAACCUCAAAAAAUCAGAGGGUCCAUGAAUGCAACUCCAAUUUCAGUCUCUGCUUUCAGCUACAAAAUGAGGAUGCUCUUAACAGUGGAUCAGCCAUCUUUUAAACUAUACGAGCUGCUUUUAUAGCGUCAUGAAAUAAGCCCAAACAAAUAGCUGCCUUGAAGGGAGAGAAAAGAAACCUUUUCUAAAUCUGACUGUCUGAAUGUUCCGGAUACGCUCGACAGGAUUGGCAUUUUUUUCUGAUUAAAUUUGUAUCACACUGUUUGAAAGCUCCAGUUCUAAAAAAAGUAGUAGAAGAAAUAAUGUUCAGUGUUAAAGCUGAAGAGACAAAGAUUUACCGACUUUCAUUUGGAUAUUUGUAUUCCCUUAAUGUGACGUGAUAGACUGGUUAUUUGAUCCAAUUUUCCUUUUAAAAAGCCAGCCACUUUAAAAGGCAUACUCUCUGCUAUAGCUCUCAUGAUGGAUUGUAACCCAGGGCGAGCAGGACCCAUGCAGGCAUAGAGCACAGGGGUCUAAUGUCACCUUGAUUCCCCUGAUGGUGAAACAAAACAAGGUGAACAGGUCUGCAUGAAUCAGAAGAGUUUUUCUACCCCGACAAUGCCCGUCUGUUGAUAUUUUUGUUUCCCAUACCCGCGCUCUGCUUAGUGUUUACUUUGUGUCAUUUUCAGUUUUGUCGUUUCUCCGGUCACAGUCUACAGUUUUUGUCGUAAACCAUCUCUCCUCUAUCUCCUCUUUUUCCCAACAGUAAACAAACUGACACCAAAUUAAUCUGACCUCUGUCUGCAGAGUGUUAUGAUGGCAGUCAGUUCUCUAGUGUGUGUCAUCAGUGUCACAUCUAUAGCAACAGUCUGUUCUUCUUAGCAACAGUCUGCUAUGGAGAAAUAACCAUAGACUGUAUGAAACAUGGAUGUAACCUCAGUGACAUCACAGAUUGAUUUCUGGAGAGCCCAAACAAAGACAGUCAGACUCAUAACUUCUGGUUAACCUAAACAUGGACAAAAGGUGGAGUUAAGGUGGGCAUGAAGCCUCCUGGCAAACAGCUACAAUGCACCCACCUGUCAGUCAAUCUAGUCACGCCUUUAAUUACUCAAACCAAUCCAUUCCUCUUAGCCUCAAUAUAUUUUCACAAGGUAUUUUCUGAGUGAUGAAGAAGUUGAGCAUGACCAUUUUAACACAAGUGUUCAUCAGGUCUCUUGAGCUUCUAGAGCCAGCCUCAAGUGGACACUCCAGGAACUGCAGUUUUUUUGCACCUCUGCAUUAGCUUUAUUUUUAACACCUGAGGCGGUCACUUAGAAAUAACAGAGUGUUUCCCUAGAUUGAGGGUGAAUUGAUCAGCAUCUGCAGGCAUGAGCACCACAUCUCACAAAGUGCUACCAGGAUGUUUCCCAGCAGCAGGUGAACGAUCCAUUCUGAAAUCGAACAGCAUUCAAAUCCUAGAUCCCCUCUCGCUCUGUGAGGUCAACAGCUCUGAAAAGCAUUAAAAGGGAUGCUUCCUGUCUGUACAUAUGAACUAGAAGCCAUGUAAUAACAAAGCGACAAUCACUUAGUCUCUACCCACAAUUCACUCUGGGUAGUGAUAAUUUCCACAGUAUGCCUUGCAUAUAGUGUCUUAUAUGAAGUAAUAAUGAAAAUGCAAUAACUUUUUAUUUGUUAAGAAAUGUCUCUAUAUUUGAUAUGUAUCUGAUUAAGAUAAUGAUCACCUAUGUGCCAUGUUUUUUAUAUAUAUAUAUAACAGGUAGCUGUUAUUCUUUAUUGCAUGAUGACAAUUAUGAAGUGUUUCUACUCCGGAAUGUAUCACAGUGUGUGUCCUGUCUCUGUGUGUUCGUCUAUCUGCCUGUACAGCACAACAUGUCCCCGUUUCUAACAGUAUUACUGUGCUAGGCAGCUCUGUAGCAGGGAACCCUCAACACGGCUCCUCCAUCUAUUACUAUUUGUAUAGGUAUUAUUAUUAUUAUAAUUAUUAAGAAUAUGGAUAUUGUGAUGUUUUUGUCCAAUGGAGCCAACGUAUGUGUGGUGACUUUACAAGAUUUUGUAUUUCUUUUGAUCUUCGAAGAGAAAACUAAAGUUGAAAGAAUUCCAA